AUGACAUACCUAGGUCUCUCCUUUGAUAAUAAACUUUCAUGGACUCCUCAUCUUAAAAUUCUCAGGCAGCGCAUUGGCAAUCUCACUAACAGUAUGAAACAUACUGCAGGUAUGAAAUGGGGCAUACCGGCAAAUCUCCUGAAAUCUUGGUAUAAAACCAUUUCAGAACACAUUAUUUUGUACGGAGCCUCCAUCUGGGGCCAGAACGUCACUUCUACUAUGAUGAAACCUUUGCUUUCCAUACAAAGAAGUCAACUUCUGGUCAUCUCUCGGGCCUAUCGGACUUCUCCAACAUCUGCCCUACAAGUCAUUACGGGUCUUCCCCCUCUUGAUCUUGUAGUCGAGAGGGAAGCCGCAGUGAUAAAAGCUACAAGGCUUAAUAAAAAUACAUCACUGUGGGGACAGAGCAUAAUCCACACAGACUAUGAAAAAUACAAAUCUCGUUAUCUUUGUCACCCAGCACAAUUUGACCUAAUGGACACCAUCCAUAUAAACUCAGAUUCUCCGGCGCAAAAUGAUCAUGCAUUAUACACUGAUGGAUCUAAGACAAAGGCUGGCACAGGAUGUGGAUUCUGCGAAUUGGAUAAAGGCAGCAUUAUCUUCUCCUGGAAACGAAGACUGAACGAAAGUAAUUCAGUGUUUCAGGCAGAACUCAUAGCCUUACACGCAGCAAUCAUCCACAGUCGUAGGAAUGGUCUUAAUCAAAGAACUCUCCUUAGUAUUCCUAUACCUUUUCGUCCUGUACUCUGUUGGGUGCCAGCGCACGUAGGAAUACUAGGAAAUGAAAGUGCAGACGUUGUGGCUAAAGAAGCUGCCAAUAGUGCAUCCUUACUUGAGUGCCCAACAACACUUCCAACCUCGCUGCUAAAGCAUUCCACAUGCAAACUUCUUAUAAGACAGUGGCAAACCCGCUGGAAUGAUGCUACAACGGGUCGACGUACACAUGCAAUGCUCCCAAGUGUAAGCAUGGAUCUGCAGAGCAAAAACUGGCAGCAUGUCACAUUUCCUAACAGGACAUGGACCGUACAAAGCCUAUCUGCAUAG